AUGAUCUAUGGCUAUGAGUCGACUGUUACUGGGAGCAAGAGCAUGCAGAACUUAGAAGAUUUUGCUACCAAGUUCAACGCUAGUCUGCAAACACUAGCGAAUGCUACAAUAAUCCGGCCCAUUAUCCUUAUUGGCUAUAGUCUUGGAGGGCUAAUCAUCAAACAGGCCUUGGUAUUAUUAUCACAAUCGAAAAAAGAAGACGACCAGAAACUUAUCCGUGCUAUAUAUGGGGUUGUUUUCUUCGGAACCCUACAUCAUGGCAUGGAUAUCAGCUUGCUUAUCCCCAUGGCUGAAGACGGACCGAACCAUUCUCUAAUAAAGUCUCUUAGCUCUUAUAACUCACAGAUACUUACCAACCAACAUUGA